AUGGAGGACGUCCCAAGUUCGACUGCUCAUUUACUUGCUAUGAAACGUAGCUUUUUCCUGCACAAAGAUAACUCAACAAUGACAAGAAGAUAGUUUCCUUUGGUGAUUGUUUCCAGCUGUCGUCAAAGAUGGCCAUGGAAAAGCUUGCAGUGAUCAAAGACACCCAUAAUAAGGGAAUAACUGCGCUCUCCUACAACCCCAUGAAACAUGAGAUUCUUGUGGGUUUUGAAGGUAAGUGAGAGUUUAUUUAAGCUUUUUUAACCUUAGUUGAGAUUGUAGAGGGAAAUAUUCACGAGUGAUAUAGAUUAAAGAAGCCGAAUGCCGAUGUUUGUACUAGUUUUGGGAUCGCCCCCUAAAUGAAAAGUAGAUUGGAUAAUCUAUAAAAUUGCAAUUGGUAAAUUUGGCGGGCUAUUAGAAAAUAGUGAUUAAUCCUUAUUAAGCUUUCUCUAGAUGGUGCCAUGGAGAAGUCAGUAAAAAGUUUUAGUUGAGGGUCACAACAAAAACAAUGAAGUAAUGCAUUAGCCUCCCACGCAGACAUUCUUAGGGUUUCGUCUCGCGUUCCUGCCCUACGAACGACGUGAAUGCGUGACGAACCCCUAAGAACGUCUGCAUGGGAGGCUAGUAAUGCAUCAGUCAAUUCCAGCUGCACCCGGGCCCCCCCCGGGCUACUACAGGGCAUUUGCCCGCCUCGUCAGUCCCGGGGGUGGGGUAUUUGCAAAUUUUGCGCUGCCAACCCCAAGCUUUUGACACACACACUGCGGCUGGGCGCAGCUGGAAUUGACUGAUGCAUAAUGCACUAGUCAAUUGUAACCACGACCCCCAAACCCCAGGGGAAUAGUGAGGAAAUUUACAAAAGUAUCCUUGUAAUUUUACCCCAGGCUCUAGGGACUUAAAAAACGCUGAUGCUUAUUUAUUAUUUAAUACUUGCACCUUAAUUGUAUUUUUAAUAUAAGCACAUGCAUGUCCGCUGUGAUGGGAUAUACCCUUUGUAAAUAAUUAUUAUACGAUUAGAAUUAGAAUUAGAACUCAGCUUGUUGUAAAUUAUUUCUUUUACAGAUGGAGUGAUCAAAGUGUGGGAUUAUUCCACAGGUGAAGCAGGAAAACUACUCCGCUCGGUUCGGGAGCAUGAUGGAUGGGUUACCAGCUUCCUGUUUUGGUUAGUCAUCACUCCAGCUGAUCAUCUAAGUCCAGCUUGUUUGUUCUUCUCCUGCACAUUUUUUAAAACCCACGGAUAAAUGAAAAUCACUAUCUAGUGGAUAAGUAUUGGGAAACCAAUAUUGCAUUUUCCACUGGAUUUAAUAUCUGGUGCAAAUUGCUUUUCUUUUGAUAUCUUGUGUGCAGUUUGCAGAGUUUUGAAGUAGAAACUCUAAAUGGGGUAGGAACUUAUUGAUCAAACCCUUUUGUUCCAAUAAUUUCAAAUAAAACUGUUUUGUGAUUCUGUUUCUUUUCUUUUCCUGCCAACAGGGGAGAUGCUAAACUUCUCUUUUCUGCUGCAAAUGAUGGAACUAUUAUCGCCUGGGGAUCUGGUGGAGCAGUUUAUGACAGGAUUCCUGUAAGUAAUUAACUUGCUUAUUCCCCUGGAUACAUUAAGAUAUUGAUGUUUGGGUACCUUAAUAUUGCACUGCAUACUAAUAGUAUUUUGUUGUAUUUUAGAUUGGGUCUCCUGUGUAUUGCAUGGCGUGGAAUGCAAGAAGAAAUCAAAUAGUCGCAGCUGUAGAUUCAACUGUGCAGGUCUUUAAUAUGAGAGAUCCAGGUGAGUUACAUUUCAUGCUAUAUGAGCAUUUUUUAUAUUUGCUUUUUAGGUGCAUUGACUGGCCUUAUUGGUAGCAAUAGUUUUACACAUCCCUGAAAGUUCUUUUGUUAUCUAGAUCCAACAAUCUCUCCCUACUAUCAGCGGAGAAGGGUAGUAAUUGUUUAUCUCUGGUCUUGUUAGAUCAUGUUGAAGGUUGAUUACAUUGUAUUCCAUUACCAACUUGAGCUUUCAUGAACCUUGCCUAGCAGGGUUGUCGCUAAGAUUUCAAGUUGCCGGGUAAAUACAACAAGUAGGCGGGGAGUCAAACAACUAGGGGUUUCUUUUGGUUCUAAUUUUCUUCUAUUUUCCAAUAAAAGUAGCCGGAGGCCACACUCUUACUAGCCGGGGAAAAUCCCCGGCUCCCGGCUCUUAAUGACAGCCCUGCUACAAAAGAGUAACUAAACAGCACAUUUUUUUAAUAUACACACUGUAUGCCUGCUUUUUUUUUUAAUCAUGCACCCCACUCUGAUAAUAAUACUCCAAAGGUAACCCAAUUGACCCUUAAAGUCUAUAUCCCCUACGCUGCCACAUCUCAGUUAACAGACAGCCCACAUUUUUUUGUACAGAUAAACCUUUUUGUUUAGGCUGUCACUGGUCCAAAAUAAUGGUGCCAAUCUGUGUAAAUACAUGAAGUCAUUAUUGCUAAUGUUACAUCUUUUUUACUCUUUUUAAAAUAAUUUCAGGAAGAGAAAUUGGACAUGUAAUAGACACAAAAGGUAAAUAUGUGUAGUUAUAAGCCCUAAUAUCCAGAUUCGAAUUCUCCAAACUGAUUUCAAUACAUCUCUUUUAAGAACUGGUUGAGAGAAUUUGGCCAAAGAUCACAGAAUUUUUUCUUGGGUGAUGACUGAUCAUUUUAAUAAUUAAUUCUUAGUGCCUUUAAUUUCUUCGUGAUUGUGUAUAAGUUAUACUGUUCAGAGGAAUUAUGAUGCUAGUCACAUGUGGGACUAAAAUGGUCAAGUAUAGUGAUGCUUGAAAUUUUUGCAAGUUUAAUGUUGACAUGGAAUUGUGAAAAUGGUUGAACCAGUUAAGCAAGUAAUGUCAUGUUGGUCUGUAAUACAUGACUACCCACAGCAAGUUGAGAGUUUUUUGUUUUCUUUUUUUCAGCUUAUGUUUCCAAAGAGCACUCUGAUAUUGUUAAGUGUGUUGUUUGCUAUGAAUCAAGAGUCUAUAGUGGAGGGUAAGAAAUUUUGGUCAUGAUUGUUCACGUGUAUUGUCUAAAGCUGUUGUAUGUAAUUCUACGUUCUUUGCUGUCCAUUACUAUGGCGACAUGCAUUUAAUAUUAAUACAAUAUUACCCUAAAUUAUUUGUCUCUAGGUAUGAUCAGAGGUUUAUUGUGUAUGACUCAACAUUUUCCUACAAAGGAAACAAGAGCUUGUCCGUUGUAACAAAGUAAGUUUUUUGUUGUGAUCUUUGUGCUUUAUAGAUAAAGUUCAUUGUUGAUGAUGGAACAUUUUUACAAUACAUAUCUUUCUUUUUCACUUUUCAGAGUAACUAAGGCCCAUGAUGCUGGAAUAAUCUGCAUGUGUCUGGCGCGAGACUCAGAUAACAAUACCUGGUUAGUACCUCCCUACAGUAAAACAUUGUCUUGUUAGAAGUUUGCCUAAUUUUAUUAGAUAUGUUAAGGAUUACAAGUUAAUAAGUUUCAUGCUCGUUAUGAUAGACAUCACAAAGUGUCCCCCAGCAAUGAUCCUCACCUUAGAAGGCAAGCAAUUUUGACUACAUGAAGUCAUAUGGAAAUUUAAUAAUGUUGAAUAUGAAGUACGUCAGUUCCACAUAUUCAUGCAUUGCUGGGCAUUAGUGAACAGUGUCUGUACAAGGUGUAGUUGCUGUUGAGGCAAACUAUGGAAAACCAAUUUGUCGCUUGGAUUUUAUCCAAUAAAGUUUACUUCGUAUAUUUUUGUAGGGUUUUAUCUGGUGCAUUUGACAAAGUUGUUAAGGUGUGGUCCCAAGAUGGACAAGUGAUGCACAAGUUUGAUGGAUUCAGGUUUGUAGCCUUUACCAGUGAGAUACUCAUGCCAUCUUCUUGGAAUCAUAUAUUCCAAAAUGAAGACAACAUUAUUUUUCUUUUAUAUGUUAAUUGGCUCUGAAUGCCUCAAUUCCAGCUAGAAAUUCUUUUGAAUUCUGAAGAUGUGAUUGAGGCAUCGAGGGCCAAUUAACAUUACAACAGCAGGCCAUUGUCGUGGCUACUAAAGUGGAAUAGUUUGCUUACCAGUAAGUAUCAACAUCUUUAUGUUGUUUGUUACAGCACUGCAGUCACCGGAGUGUGUUACGUAAAACCCAUCAAGACAAUUUGGGUGGCCGCUGGAACUGAAGAGGCUGCCAUGUAUGAUCCAAAAUCUGGAGAGAAUGUGAGUGUCUUGUACAUUAAAUAAUGUUUUUUCGGAGCAAUACAAUGCUAUAGAUUAAGGAUUAAAGUCAAUACGAUUAAGGUAUGAUCUAAGAAGUGGUCACAUUUGAGUGUAUACUUUUUAUAUGCCAACUUAAUUGAGUCUGGAAGUAAAGUGGAUGAACAAGUAUUGUGUAAACCUAAUAUGGAUAUACUACAAUACAUGUAAUAUUACUGAUCCAGGCCAAUCAUAAUUAACUGUACAGCUAUCACAGAAAAAAAAAAUAAUAGAUUCCAAUUUUUGGAUAUUUUAGGGUAUUUAAAGAAUACCCAUAAAAAUCCCAAAUUCGGCAAAGUGAGACAAGUCCCAACCAGGGAAUUCCCAACCAAGUUCCCUGAUUGGGACUUGUCUCACUCUUCCAAAUUUGGGAUUUUUGUGGGUAUUCUUUAAAUACCCUAAAAUAUCCAAAAAUGGGAAUCUGUUAUUUUUUCCUGUGUAUAUUUUUAGUACUCUUUUUCAUUUAACUUCAAGGUGUAUCUAUCUUUUUGCCUUUAGGUAACAGAUUUUAUCGGAACAUUUCAAGAUGAAGAAAACAAUGGGUGAGGAGUUGACAUAAUUAUAUGAUCCAUUUUUCAGUCAGAUAUUUUGUUAUUGAUUUAUUUCAGCUUAUGUGUUCAGACAUUCUUUAUUGUAUCUCUCUCAGCUCUGCAGAGGGCUCCAGGGAGGUGAAAAACAGAAAGCACAUGGGGUUCAAAUAUUGCUAUUUUUAUUGAGAUACCCAGUGGGAGCCUCUGCAUAGGAAAGACUAUAUUUUAUGUCCUUUGAUUAUUCUUUCUAGGUUCCCACUGGUAAUGUUUCACUACAUUUCUGACCUGGGGCAUGUCAUAGGUAUGUUGUUAUAACAUGUACCCUGAUUUAUAUAGAUCUAGCCAGGGCUAAAAGUGAUACUCUCAUUGAUAUCCUUAGUUUACUCAAACAAAAUAUAAAAUUGUGCUAUGCUAAGCAGCAACGGCAACAAAACAGCCAAAAAAAUCAGUUGGUCUAAUAAGCAAAAAAACAGCAAUGCAUGUGCAGCACACUUUUUAUGUACAUUUCUUUGCCAUUGUUUUGCAAUUUACCGUCGAAACGCACAGGUGCUUGAAAUGCAAAAUUUCACCCUGGCUUACAUGAAGGGGUGGAUGUACAUACAGAUGUAUGGAUGAUUUACCAGUAACACCUACCCUUUCUUAGAACCAAAAUUUCUUUGAUGCAUAGGUAACCAAAUUUUCUUAUGCAUGCGGGUGAGCUCCGCUAUAACUUAACCCUUUAAUCCCCAAUAAAUUAUCCACAUACAAAUUCUCCACACUGAUCUCCAUACAUUUCCUUAAGAAUUAGUUGGGAGAAUUUAUUUGAAGAUCAAAGCAUUUUCCCUUAGGUGAUUAUUUUAUUAAUUCUCAUAAAUGUUUCUUGUAAUAAUGUAUUGAUAUUGUUAGGAGUAAAUUGAUGUUGGUCAGAUCACUUUGCCUAAGUUGCAUUUAGCCACAUCUUAAGCCGUUUUAAAGUUUAAAUCAGGGUUGUCACUAAGAUUUCAAGUUGCCGGGUAAAUACAACAAGUAGGCAGGGAAUAAAACAUCUUGGGAUUUCUUUUGGUUCUAUCUGUCAGCAAUGUCUUCUAUUUUCCUAUGCAACUAGCUGGGGCCAUGUUCAGAAUACUGUAAGGUAAUCCCCAGGUUAAUGUCCAAGUCUGAGCAUCUUUACCUACAACAAUGAGCCAAAGAGCUAAAAAAAAUCAUGAUUUGUCAUUUUAUUGUGUCAUUUUGUGUUAGGUACAAAUAGUAGGCGGCAUCUGAUCUUGUGGAAAUACAACUCAUCUGGCUGCUUAACAACAUUGAAAAACAAGUGUGCCAUGGAGUCUCUUACUUACAGUAAGUUUUUAAUUCGUACCGUUUUAUUUUGCACUACCUUGUGCAGUGUUAUAAACAUUACCACAGAAAAGUACUGAUCAUUAACUCUCAUUUGAAUGGUAACACUAUAAUAUUUCAUCCACAGAAUCAAAAGUUAGAACCACCUUAUGCAACAUAAUAAAUAGUACCACAGGAAAGCACUGCUCAGUAGCUUUCAUUUGAAUGGUCACACUAUAGGAUUUCAUCCACUGACUCAAAAGUUAGAAACACCUUGUACAGCAUGAAAAGUAGCUAUCAUUUGAAGUCGCACUUAAGGAUUUUUCAGGACGUCCAAACUACAUUCUUUCCUGUUGUUUUUCCAGCUCGUAAAGUCCCCUUGUUGAUCUUCAGUGGUGGAAGCAAUGGUCAUGUGUCAAAAUGGGAAAGAUUACAAUCAAACAACUUCAUGUACAGGUUACCAAAACGCAUAGCAGUCUCACUUAAAAUACCACAACACAAUAAUUAUAUAAAAAAUUUAUUAAAAACAACUUUCAAGUUCAUAGUGUUAAUUUAUGGCUUUUGCAUGAAGCCUGUUGGCUUUAAAUUGGAGAGAAAACAAAUAGGUUCUCCUUUGACUUUUUUUUACUUCCACAGUUCAUAGUCUAGGUGAAUUUAUGAUCUCAUUUUCUUAUAGAGACACGGCAGCCAUAUUGGUGUCCCAGACCAUUCCUCUGGAAGUUGAACUCUUUUCUUAUGCAAACCCUUUCUUUUGUUCCAAUAAAUUUGCAUAGAUGCUGGCCACGUGAGUGAAAACACUGUAUUUUAUUCAUUUUGGGUUUUCUUUGCUUACUUCUAGCAAAGAGAUAUUUUUGCAAAGCGAGGCCAAAUCACGGCUGACUGCACAGAUAGCUGCAAAGUACGACUGGCAUGGACCAAAGAGGAUUCUGGGUAAUGAGAGCAGACCCAAGCCAUCCUUUCUGAAUACUGUCAACCAGGUAAAGAACACAAAUACUCCAGCGUAUUAUCACUACUUUUCAUGUUUUCUUAGCAUUAUUUUUAAUAGGUCAUGUUUGAAAUAAACGGCACAACAGGAGAGCGUUACUUAUGACCUUAUUGCUGGCAGUUGCAGAAACUUGGAUUUGAAACUUGUGUUCAACGGCGUUUUCCCAAAACGUUUCAGCAAAGUUUUCACCCUGUAGCAGAACAGUUUCAGUGCCUUGUGAUUGACUCAAAAGUCUCACGGCACAUUCUUAACCAAUCAAAAUCAGUGAUUUGCUGACGUGUUUUCCUGCGCUUACGACGAGCGCUGAUUGAUUUAUUUAAUUUGCAGUGCGUAUUGUGACUAGAUAAAGAUUAAAGAAAUCUCCAUGGUUGUGGUUUUUAUUAUAUUUACAAUUAAGUAGUCGUUCAUUACUCUAGAAAUAGCAAGCUAAGAAAAUUAGGAGUAUCCCAGUUCUGCCAUUUUCUUCCUUUCUGUUUUUAUCUAUAGUUAUCAUCUGCCUCUGAACACACCAGCAAC